AUGAAUGGCCUCGGUGACUUGGGCCCGGGAUACGGCCAGCACUACACAACGGAAGAGGACCCUUACACUUGGGUGGGCGAACUCCCAGGCAUCGCGGGCUGGCGAUGUAAGCUCGACGAAACGUCCUUUAGUUCGAUCACGACAGCAAGGCUAACUGCGGUGCUAGGGAUCUUCAUCAUGCAAGGUCUGCUCACGAUCGUUGUUGGAUUUAUUGGAUUCGUCACGAUCGUGGAUUUCCCUGAGAACGCAGCAUCGAACAAGGCGAAAGGUCUCUCGCUGCCGUUCCUGAACCAGAAGGAAGCGGACUUCAUUGUAGCAAGGAUCGAACGCGAUCGCCACGACGCCAUCGCUGCACCCUUCAGCAUGAAGGAGUACAUGAAGUGUGCGGCGGACUUGAAGAUCUGGGGUUUUGCCUCGCUCUUCGGCCUGACGACCACAGUGACCUAUGCGAUCGCCUACUUCCUCCCGAUUAUCCUCCAGGAAGGCAUGGGAUUCGGCAUCGCUGCUGCGCAGUGUCUUAUCGCACCUCCAUAUGUCUUAGCCGCAAUUUGGAUGUACGCCUGCGCCGUACUGGGCGACCGCAUGCACCUUCGUGGUCCCUUCGUCAUUGGCAAUGGAGUCAUGGCCCUUAUCGGGCUGCCUCUGCUCGGAUUCGCCGACAAUGUUGGAGCUCGUUACUUCGGCGUAUUCCUUGCCACGACCGCUGUCAACGCAAACGUUCCCUGCAUCCUCACCUUCCAGGCAAACAACAUUCGUGGCCAAUGGAAACGUGCACUUGCCUCUGCGACUUUAGUCGGCACUGGCGGCAUUGGUGGCAUCGUUGGGUCUACGGUCUUCCGAAGCGAAGACGUCCCUGCUUACGUGCCUGGUAUCAUGACUUGCAUGAUUGCCUCUGGUCUUGUCAUCGUCAUCACUCUCAUGUUGGAAUUUAAGUUCUGGAGAGCGAACAAGAGGGCCGCUGCCGGCGGCAAGAUCAUCGCGGGCCUUGAGGGAUUCCGCUAUACAUACUGA